UAACCCCGGCGCUCUAUGCUCCCUGGGCGGCAGAGGUGCCCGCAGCGCUGCCGCUCUGUCCGCCUCCCGCCGCCCCCACUCGGUGGCAGGAGGCGGGGGAACCCCGCUGCCCGUGGCCGGCGUGCGGGUGACGUCAUCGGCCGCGGCCCGCCGGCGCCGCCUGGCUGCUGCGCGCCCGGCCCGCCGCCUUCCCGUCCCCCUCCCCGUCCCCUCCUCCCCGCUCCGCACCGACACCUCGCGGCCACCGUAGCGGCGGGCCCCCUCGCCGGCCACCGUCCCGAGGCGCCGCGGCGGAUGGUCCGCGUUGUCCCGCCGCCCCCCGGCCGCCCCUCACGGAGUCGGCGGCGUCGGCGUCGGCAAAUGGAGCGGGCGGUGCGGCGGGGCCCGGGCUGGCGGGGCGGGAGGCCGCCUCGGAGGCUGCUCUUGGCGCUGCUGUUGUUGUUGAUGCCGGCGCUGCCGGGGUUAGGGCCCGCCGCCGCCGCUGCCGCCGCCGCCGCUGCCGCUGAGGAGGCGGCGGCGAAGGAAUGCGACAAGCCGUGCGCCAACGGCGGGCGGUGCCAGCCGGCCAGCGGGCAGUGCGAGUGCCAGCCCGGCUGGGUGGGCGACCAGUGCCAGCACUGCGGGGGGCGCUUCAGACUCACUGGACCUUCAGGGUAUGUCACGGAUGGGCCUGGAAAUUACAAAUACAAAACAAAAUGCACCUGGCUCAUUGAGGGAAGGCCAAACACAAUCCUCAGGCUUCGAUUCAAUCACUUUGCCACAGAGUGCAGUUGGGACCACUUGUAUGUGUAUGAUGGAGAUUCAAUUUACGCGCCCUUACUGGCAGCUUUUAGUGGUCUUAUUGUUCCUGAGAAAGAUAGCAACGAAACAGUACCAGAAGUUGUAGCUACUUCUGGAUAUGCUCUUCUGCAUUUCUUCAGUGAUGCUGCCUAUAAUUUAACAGGGUUUAACAUCACAUAUAAUUUCAAUAUGUGUCCCAAUAAUUGCUCCGGCCGAGGAGAGUGCAGGCUUAAUAACAGCAGCAAUGCUCUGGAAUGUGAAUGUGCCAAAUACUGGAAGGGAGAAGCUUGUGAUAUUCCCUACUGCACAGAUGAUUGUGGGGCGCCUGAGAGGGGGCGUUGCAACUUUAAUGAUACUAAGGCAUGUUUGUGCUUUGCAGGUUGGCAAGGUCCUGGCUGUUCAAUUCCUGUUCCUGCAAACCAGUUGUUUUGGACCCGGGAGGAAUACUCUCUUCCAAAACUUCCAAGAGCAUCUCACAAAACCAUAAUCCAUGACAAUAAAAUGUGGAUUGUUGGAGGCUAUGUCUUCAAUCAUUCUGACUCUCAGAAGGUUUUAGCGUAUGAUCUUAUUUCUGAAGAGUGGCUUCCACUGGACAACACUGUGAACUCAGUAGAGAUGAGAUACGGUCAUUCGUUGGCAUUAUAUAAGGAUGAUAUAUACAUGUAUGGUGGAAAAAUAGAUGCGACGGGGAAUGUGACCAGCCAACUGUGGGUGUUCCACAUUCCCACCCAGACCUGGGUUCAAGCGACGCCAAAAGCCAAGGAGCAGUACGCUGUUGUUGGCCACUCGGCACACGUCGUCACCCUGCAAGACGGCAGCGCCGUCAUGCUUGUCAUCUUUGGGCACUGUCCUCUUUACGGGUAUAUCAGCAAUGUCCAGGAAUACAACCUGGCCACAAAUACAUGGAACAUUUUACAGACGAGUGGAGCUUUGGUGCAAGGAGGGUAUGGUCACAGUAGUGUUUAUGAUCCAAAUACAAGAUCAGUUUAUAUCCAUGGAGGUUACAAAGCGUUCAGUGCCAACAAAUACAGGCUAGCAGAUGAUUUGUACAAAUAUGAAGUUGAUUCCCGUAUGUGGACUAUUCUUAAAGACAGUAGAUUUUUUCGCUAUUUGCACACGGCUGUGAUAGUGAGUGGAACCAUGCUGGUGUUUGGAGGAAACACGCACAAUGACACCUCCAUGAGCCAUGGCGCAAAGUGCUUUUCUUCGGAUUUUAUGGCAUAUGAUAUUGCUUGUGAUCGGUGGUCUGUUCUUCCUCGCCCGGGUCUCCAUCACGACGUGAACAGGUUUGGACAUUCUGCUGUGCUGUACAACAGCACUAUGUAUGUAUUUGGAGGCUUCAACAGCCUCCUCCUGAGUGACAUACUGAAGUACACACCCGAGAGAUGUGAAGCUUUUGACAAUGAAACGGCCUGCUUGCGAGCGGGUCCUGGCAUCAGAUGCGUGUGGGCUACUGCCUCUUCUCGCUGCAUCCCCUGGGAAAUGGCGACAGAGAAGCAGCAGCAAAAGAUAUUUGAAGAUUGUCCUCCUAAGCCAGCUGUAGACAAUGAAAAAUGUGAUCAGAUUACAGACUGCUAUAGCUGUACAGCAAAUACAAACAACUGUCAAUGGUGCACUGACCAGUGUAUCUCAAUACAUAACAACUGCACAGAGGAACAGGUUCCUGUUACUCUGUAUGACAACUGUCCUAAGGAUAACCCUGCUUAUUACUGUAACAAAAAGACAAGUUGUAAAAGCUGUGCCAUGGAUCAAAACUGUCAGUGGGAACCUAGGAAUCAGGAGUGCAUUGCUUUACCAGAAAAUAUCUGUGGAACAAACUGGCAUUUGGUAGGGAACUCCUGCUUGAAAAUUACAAACGCAAAGGAGAACUAUGAUCAUGCCAAACUGUCCUGCAGAUCCAACGGUGCAUUGCUGGCUUCUCUCACGACCCAGAAAAAGGUAGAAUUUGUUCUAAAGGAGCUGCAGAAGAUGCAGUCUUCGCCCAAAUCUUUGACUCCAUGGGUUGGACUGAGGAAAAUCAAUGUGUCGUAUUGGUGCUGGGAAGACAUGUCUCCCUUCACCAACACCCUCCUCCAGUGGCUGCCAGAUGAACCAAGCGAUGCUGGAUUUUGUGGUUAUUUAGCUGAGCCUUUCCAGCAGGGACUGAAGGCAGCAACAUGUAUCAAUGAAGUCAAUGGCAGUGUCUGUGAAAGGCCAGCUAACCACAGCGCCAAGCAGUGCCGCACGCCCUGCGCCCUGCGGACCAUGUGUGGGGAGUGCACGAGUGGCAGCUCUGAAUGCAUGUGGUGCAGCAACAUGAAACAGUGUGUGGACUCCAAUGCUUAUGUGGCCUCCUUCCCCUACGGGCAGUGCAUGGAGUGGUACACCAUGAGCAGUUGUCCACCUGAAAACUGUUCAGGCUACUGUACGUGUGCUCACUGUUUGGAGCAGCCCGGAUGUGGGUGGUGCACAGAUCCGAGCAACACCGGCAAGGGGAAGUGCAUCGAGGGCUCUUACAGAGGUCCAGUCAAGAUGCCAACCCCAUCUGCAAUGGGGAAACACAGCUUGGAGCCCGUCCUUAAUGUCAGCAUGUGUCCGGUGGAGAAUAACUAUAACUGGUCCUUUAUCCAGUGUCCAGCCUGCCAGUGUAAUGGGCACAGUAAGUGUGUAAAUGAAAGCAUCUGUGAGAAGUGUGAAAACCUGACAACUGGCAAACACUGUGAAACUUGCAUCUCAGGCUACUACGGUGAUCCUACUAAUGGAGGAACAUGUCAGCCUUGCAAGUGCAACGGCCACGCGUCUGUCUGCAACACAAAUACAGGGAAAUGUUUCUGCACCACCAAGGGGAUAAAAGGAGACGAGUGUCAACUGUGUGAAGUCGAAAAUAGAUACCAGGGAAAUCCACUUAAAGGAACGUGUUACUAUACUCUUCUCAUUGACUAUCAGUUUACCUUCAGCCUUUCUCAAGAGGAUGAUCGCUAUUACACAGCCAUCAACUUCGUAGCAACACCCGAAGAGCAAAACAGAGACCUGGACAUGUUUAUCAAUGCAUCUAAAAACUUCAACCUCAACAUUACUUGGUCCACAAGUUUUGCAGCUGGCACACAGGCUGGGGAGGAAAUUCCAGUUGUUUCAAGAACCAAUAUAAAAGAAUACAAGGACAGUUUCUCCAAUGAGAAAUUUGAUUUUCGCAACAAUCCAAACAUCACUUUCUUCGUUUACGUCAGCAAUUUCACGUGGCCGAUAAAAAUACAGAUUGCAUUCUCACAACACAGCAACUUUAUGGACCUGGUACAGUUCUUUGUGACAUUUUUCAGUUGUUUCCUGUCUUUGCUCCUGGUGGCAGCUGUGGUUUGGAAGAUCAAACAAAGUUGCUGGGCAUCGCGACGAAGAGAGCAACUACUCCGUGAGAUGCAACAGAUGGCAAGUCGCCCCUUCGCCUCCAUCAACGUUGCCUUAGAAACAGAUGAAGAGCCGCCAGAUCUCAUUGGGGGAAGCAUAAAGACUGUACCAAAGCCAAUAGCGCUGGAGCCCUGCUUUGGAAACAAAGCAGCUGUUCUCUCUGUAUUUGUGAGGUUGCCUCGCGGACUUGGGGGUAUACCACCACCAGGACAGUCAGGUCUUGCAGUGGCCAGUGCACUGGUGGACAUUUCACAACAGAUGCCAAUUGCCUACAAAGAGAAAUCGGGUGCAAUACGAAAUCGGAAACAGCAGCCCCCUGCACAGCCAGGAACCUGUAUUUGAUGCAUGGACAUCAGAAACUGUAUACGGUUUUAAACAAAACAGAAAAGUAAUACCUAGGAGGAGGAGGAGAAAGAUUUCCAAGUUGUGUCACAAGAGACUAGAAGCACUCAGAAAAACACAGCUUCCUUGAAUCCAACUUUUUCUCCCAUCUACGUGAUAGUUGGCUUUAUUUGACAACUGCUCCACUUAAGUUUUACUGACACGUGGCUUCCGAUUGCUCCUUUGUUUUCUUCAAGUUUAAAGUAAAAUAAUUUUAUUGCAGGUCCAGUAACAUCCGAUCGUCACCAUUCAUGGUCAGUGUAAAUAGAACAGUAGUCCAAUAUGAAUGACACUCAGGUUUAUACAUGGAAAGUGCUUUGUAGUUCAUGUAUUUAUCAAACUGUACAAAAAGAAAAAGAUGCAGUGUUUACAGGUGUCAGCUCUCAACACAUAAACACUACUAUUAAUCUUCAAAGCAUCUUCAUCCUUUGUUUUCAUUUAAUAUUCUAUUCCCUCAUUAUUUCAGUGGGACUCUCUUCCAGAUACAGCAUUUUUGUAGUCAUCAUGGUCCAGAACAUCAGGAAUGCAAAAGCUGGGAUGGUUUAAAGGUUGAUGUCGCGUGUUGCUCAGACCGCAUGCAAUACCUGGAGAAGCUGAAUGUGGCUUUUGAAGGACUCAGUGUUUACAUAGUCUUAAACUGCUUGGAGUACACCACACACAAGUGCCUAGACUUGAACAGAUCUAGGGAGUGAGGAGACUGCUGCACACGUUGCUUUUUAACAUAAUUGUAUUCCUUUUAAAUAUACAUAUACACACACGUAUAUAUAGUCACCCAAGGCAAUCUGUGUUCUUUGUAAUAUAUCAUGUGCAGUCAGGGGAAAAUGGCAUUUACCUGACCAACAAACUGCUCAACCAGAUGGAAAUAUCUGGAGGGAAAGUAAAGUUUCAGUAUCUCAUCAGAAAACUCCUGGUUUCACCAGCGCUUUUAAUAGAAGCAUUUUGUGUUCCAGGUCAGAUACGUUAUGUUUCUUCUGAUUUUUCUCUUCUCGUUUGGCCCCUUUCUCUCCCCCUUCCCUCCUGCCAUUCUUCUGGAUGAGAGCUGAGCUGUGCUGGGGCUCAGAGGCAUCACUCCUCAGCAGUAGGAUUUGCUCCAUCUCCUUACAGGGUACAAAAAGCAACACUUCAGGUGCCAGAUCAUUUGAGGAUGAAGUAAAAAAAGAACUUUAAAUAAAAAGCAAGCAGGGCAGCUUUUUUUGGCCACAGGUUUGAGUUCUACGUGAUCAGUUACUGGUAUUUCCUGUUGUGGUUGAACUCUCAUAGGUGUUGAAGAAGGUGGCUUGUUGGUGAAAGGAAGGGACAUGGGAACAGCAGAGAGAAGGCUUGGCUUUUGGAGGAUGUAUCAAACCAUCUAAAGUGCUCUGAUUAGUUGGGCUUAUGUUUUGAGGUUCAAGGUUGAACUUAGCCCAUCAGUCCAUGCAUGCUAGUGCCCCGUGUCUCCCGUGGUUCUGGACUGUGGUGUGGCGCUGGCGCCAUGCGAAGUUGUGGUGUUGAAGCUGGUAGGAAGGUGUUCCAUGAAGGUGCCAAAUGAGGCGUGUAAUUGUUGCCUAAUCCCAGUCAGCGCGGGUUCAUUCAGGUCACUGAGUCGCUGGUUUCUGAUGAGGACGUCUAGUGCUCAUGAAACGGGGAAGUACCAGAUCAAGGGCAGUGAAGGAAAGUGCUCUUGACUCAUCUGGCCAGGUAGCACCCUUCGCCAAAACGAAACCCAAGUAACUGCGUCUGGUUUUGUGCGUGUUUUGGUGAUCGAUCACAUAUCAGCCACUCAUUUUGGUUGUGUUGGGGGUUUUUGUUUGGGGUUUUUUUUUUUCUUUUUUAACCAUGUAUUUUGAAGAAGCUUUUCAGAGCAUGGUGGGAUCGCAAUAAAGAUGUGCAUUGCUGUACGUGUCCAGAGAGCAGUGAUGGGGGACAGCCUGCCGGUUUAAAGACCGUGGUGGAUUAUAAUGCUGAUUUAACGUGUCAUUUAACAAAUACAACAGGACUGCAGAAAAAAUACUGUGGAAAACAAUGCAUUUUUGAGAGAUAUAUAUAUAUAUAUAUAUAUACACACACACACACGUGUGUGUGUGUGUGUGUGUGUAUAUAUAUAUAUGAAAAAUGCAUCUGUUUCUGAACUAGAAGUUUAAAUGCCCUCUGGGGAAAAGAAAUUAUGGGAGGGAAAGGGGUGAGCUUUGUCUUUUAGAAUGAAGUGGGUUAGGCAAUUUAAGUUUUAACUGAUGCACAGAUUACCUCAGACAGAUUCAUCUCCUGAAAAUACUUUCUAACUUCCUCUGUGUAUAGGGCUAACCUAAACUAGAGAAAUAAUACUGGACUAAGAUCCCUCCCCCGUUAUUACUUUACAUGUUUUCAGUCAUGGUGCACAUCCUCAGCGUUGAGAGAUGUCAUCAUCUUGCUUCUCCAACACUUCUUUGGGAGGAGAACUGCCAGCCCAGUUUGAGAAGGCUCUUGUGCUUAAGUCUCCAUAUUCAGGACAGCACUUAAGCAGGUGCUUAAAGUUGUUGCUUAGGUUUUCCUGAACAGAAACAGCUUUCAGAACAGUAGGCCUGGAGGGGUGAUACAUUUUUACAUUAACAAAAAGGCAUAAAUGUGUUUUUUGGGGUUGUUUUUUUCCCCGCCCCAGAGAGCUGAGUUGUCUGGUCUCAAAAGCUUACUUGGGAGUGUGCCCACAGGUGUAGCCACAAAGUUAGGUGUUGGGUAUUGGAAAGACAAGCAAAAAUGAUCAAAUUUUGAGGUUUAGCAGAACCAAAAAAAUGUAAAUAGAGGAACAAGACUUAUUUAUAUAAAUAAAAUGAAACAGCUCCUUUAGGAUGUAGCUCUGCUCUGCAUCUUAUCUCCAUACUGAUGAGGGAAAAAGAGAAGUCUCAUACAUAUCUCUGCUGCAAACAGUUUCAUCCCAACGGAAAGGUAAAAUAGAGAUGAAGGUGGGAAUGGAUGGGGGAAAGAAGAGUUGCCGUGAUUUAUCACCAGGCCAUUAUCAGCAGUGAAGGAUUUGGGGGUUUAUUUCUUUUGGAGCUGGGGGGAGGGGGGGGAAAGAGCGACCUUAUUUCAUGGGAGAAUCUGUAAAUAAAUUAAAAAUAACACUGAUUUUGCACUUGUACAUAAACUAUACAGUAGCGUGCAGAACAUUGAAAGAUUUAAAGUGUAUAUAAACCAGAAAAAAUAUUGAAUGUAUUUUUGAUGCAUUUUAAAUGAUGUAUGAGUUUUGUCUUAAUAACUUCUUCAUAUGAUGAGUAUUAGAUAACUUUCCAGAGCUUUAAAGAAACAUCAAAUUAUAUUCGUGAUAUCUUGCAAUAUAAAGCAGGGAGGCAUAACUUGACUUUUAUGUAUUCAAAUGCAUUUCACUUAAAUGUAUAAGCAACGUAAAAUACGGCUCUUCCAUUUGAAAGGGGAAAAAACCCAAUGCUUGAAGACAAGUAAUAAAUGUACUUAAAGUAGUCGUUACCUGGAGGAUUAAGUCAGCAGUUUAAGCCUCUACUAUUAAGAUUGUGCCAGUGAUUUCCAUUCAAAAUCACUAUUUUCAAGCGUUUAUAACAGUCUGAAAUUCAGCGUUCAAGGUCUCAACCCUCAGAACAUUUUUAUUCUUUGAGAGUAGCUUUUAAAAAAAAAGAGUUAAUACAAAGUCAGAAAUGUUUUAGCCCUUUUAUUCUGGAAAACAAUGGUGCCAUUGGAUCUCCAGAUAACAUACUUCUUUUUCUGUCGCUGUUUUCCACUUUUUUUUAACCCAGCAUUUUCACUGGACUGUUGUAGCAUGAGUGACAGGAGACCCUGCUGUGGUAUGGGUCAGUAUGUUGGAUGCAAGAAGAUUUGUGCAACAGCUUUUGAGUUAUUGCCACUCUCCCUGGGCUUAAAAUGCACUGUAUUUAAAUUGCCAAAAUAAAGCUAUACAUGAUGGGGUAAUGCCUGUGAUUAGCAUAAAGUCAUAGCGUAUAAUGUACCAAAAUUCGAUGAUAUGGUACCAUAAAAGCAUGACAGCCUCUGCUGGCAGAUGCACACUUCCUUAGGGGUAGUUUGUAUACUAAAUAUUGCUCAGAAACAUCACUUUCUCUGCAGUAAAUGCUUACCAAAAUACAUAGUCACUGGGUUUAUAGUAUGGUUUUAAAAUGGCAGCUCAGCUUGCUUGUCCCUAAAUAAGCUGAAAUGAGGUUUUGAUGAAAGACCCUCACUCGAGAGGCUGAAAUAAAACUUUAGGCGUUUCCCAUAACCUGCUGAAAGUCCAGUGCCACAAAAACGAGGCUGAUUCUCCCACCUUAACUGCUCCCCAUGUUAGAAGCUGCCUUUUCUUUUCUGUGAGACCCUGAGUUAGGGACAGAGCAGCAGCUGCAUCUCUGAGCCCGUAAAACCCCUCUCCCUGCAAACGGGGAUUUGCCGGCACUGAGCUUGCGAGAAAGCCACGAGUGGACCCUGCGUGCCAGGAGCGACUUAAACUCAUCCAUCCAACUCACAGUAAGCUGCCGAUGUCUCCUCUUUUCUUCUUUUCUUUUUAUCUUUGUUUGGGAAUACCGUAGGGGAAGGGGAGGGAGGGGGGUGGGUUUUCAGAUCCUCCGGAGCUGAGCUGCAAGGGCAGGUUGGGAGAGGGAGUCGUGCGGGAUUGCAGUGGGAAGGUGCAUGCGCGAGCGCUGGGGUUUGGGAGCAAAAGGGAGUGGGGUAGGUGUGUGUUUCUCCGUUUUGGACGUGGUGGUGGCUGUUUGAGUCAAAUUCAUGCAGAUUCUGUUGAUAGCUGCUUAAAUUAGAGGAGUUUCCCAUGCUAGGAAUACUACAAUAAGGUGUAUAUGCUGUUUUUUUCUGCUUCUGCGUCAGGGCAGGUUUUGUUCAGUCUGUUAUUUAGUUCUAACACUACACAGAGACUAUUUUUGUGCGUCUUCCAGGUACUAUAGGUCUUUAGACAUUUCCUCUACAUCUAUCAUUGAUUCUACAAACCUCACCAGAAGAAAGAAAAAAAAAAAAAUAAUUGUGGAGGAGUGUAACAUAUGUCAGUCCAUUAUUUUAUUUU